AUGUCCGACUUAUCAGCUCAACUUUCAGCUUUUAAGAAUAAGAUCAAAAGUGGACCAUCGGUAAUUGUUCCUAGAAAGGCAACUUUUACCCAAUCUCCAUCAUCACCAUUAUCAACAUCAUCUACCACCACCACAACAACAACAACAACAUUGAAGAAUGAUGUCAAUGUGAAAAAAAGAUCAACUACAGAUUCAGUAACUCAAGUUUUGAAGAAACAAAAGGCAAAUAUGGGAGAAAUGACCGGAUCACAUUUAUCAACCCAAUUACAUCUUGCGGUUGAAUAUAUUAAAGAACAUGAUCAACCAAUAUCAGUAGAGAAAUUACAAAAUUAUUUAUCAUUUGAUAUAUCUCAUACUUUAUUACCAUUAUUAAAUGAAAUUGAUCGAGUCAAAUAUGAUGAAUCUAAAGGAACUUUAGAAUAUGUUUCAUUACAUAAUAUUCGUAGUAGUGAUGAUUUAUUAGAAUUUUUAAGACGUCAAACUACUUUUAAAGGAACUUCAGUAAAAGAAUUAAAAGAUGGUUGGACCGGUUGUAUUAUUGCUAUAGAUGAAUUAGAAUCACAAGGUAAAAUCUUGGUGUUACGUAAUAAAAAAGAAAAUGCUCCAAGAUUAGUAUGGGCCAAUAAUGGUGGUGAAUUGGGUUAUAUUGAUAAUGAAUUUAAAAUUAUGUGGGAUCAAGUGAAAUUACCAGAAUCAGAUAUAUUAUAUCAAAAAUUAUUAGAUCAAGGAUUAAAACCAACUGGAGCUGAUCCUAAUUUAAUUAAAAAACAACCACAACAAAAGGAAAAGAAACAAAAGAAAGCUAGAAGAGGGAAAAUUACAAAUACUCAUAUGAAAGGUAUUUUAAAGGAUUAUUCUCAAUUGGUUUAA